AAUACGAUACUGAAAUACUGACUAAAUUGGAUUUUCUCUUAUUUAUAUUCUAUUUUAGUAUAUUUAGCACUUUAGCAGCAGCUACUUUUCUGUUGAUUAAAAUUAAUUAAAGUUAAAACCCACAAAUUUAUUUUUAUUUGUGUGACGCCUUCACAGCCCAAGGACAUAUCUUGUACUUUUUUUGGACAUUCCGUUCCGUUUCCGUCCUUUGACUCCAUCGUUUUUGUCGAUCGUUCAAACACAGUGAGAGACAUUCAAGUAUUUAAUUACGGUUUACGUGUAACACGUUGCCACACAAUAAACUCUUCAUAAUUUUUCAUACAACUGUGCAGUUAUAGUAGUUAUAUAGUUAGUAAGAACUAACGACAUGUCUUCAAAUACUUUCCGUGUUCGUAAAUUAGCUUCCAUAAACAACGAGAAUCCUGUAAAAAAUAUAAAAAAUAGUUUAGUUACAAAUCGCAAAAAAAGUGCUUUGAAAGUUUUGACAAAUACAGUACAGUCGGUCAAAAAGUCUGAUGGUAAAGGUCUUAAACAAUUAAAGGUGUUGCCCAUGAAAAAUUUUGAAACCGAGAUUAAGUGUAAAUCACCAUUACAAGACUUCACUUAUAAUCAAAAUGAAGAGUUUAAUCAUUUUGACUGUACAACACAACAAAAUGAUAUGUUGCCUCCAAGUAUGACGUGUAAUAUCGGUAUGCUGAGUGAAUUUUUUGGUGGAAAUAAUAAUGACACAAGUGAUUGGUUUCUUGAGGACUACAAUACAAUAAUGAUCGAUAAAAUCAAAAAUAAAUUUGAUACUUUUGGAGAACCAGAAAUUGAAUGCCUGUUUCCUUCAUCGCCAAUCAUGGACUUUCCAGAAUUCAUAUUUGCUUAAUUUAUUUAACAGUGUGUUUUAAUUUUCUGUAUAUUUAUUUAAAUUUAAUGGUUUUAUUUACAUCUAUCAAUAUGAUAAAUAUUAUUAA